UGGAAGCAUGGAGUUGUAACCAUUGGAUCACCAGGGAAGUCCCCAUUGUGUGUUUCUGUGUCCCAAAACACUUCAUCUUACCCAAGACACCGUAAUACACGGUGAUAACUACUCCCCUGGUAGGGUUGUCUUGAUGAUCAAAGGAGUUGCCCGGGUGAUAAUUAUAGUUAUACUAUUAUUCACCCCACCCCCUUCACCUCCAGGGGUCUCCACAGGGGUACCAUUCCUGCUUCCUGCCUCAAGUCUCUCUCAGGUCCCCAGAAAAUAUUUUCGAUCACUUCCCUGUUGUGCAGGGGGUGACCCUUCAGGCAGGUGGAAAGCCAGGUUUCCUACAAUUGGAUGACUGUGUGUUCCAGGCACUGAAAGGAGAAGUGAGGACAGAGACGUAGAGAGACAGGGCGGGAGAAGUGCAGAGAGACAGAGACGUGGAGAGACAGAGAGAGACGAGGAGAGAGACAAGCAAGAGGCUAAGCAAGGAGGACGUGAGACAAGACAAGCUCGGCUGCCCCUGGAGCUCCGGCCCCGCCUUCAUGCCCAGCAGGUGCUCCACCUGGCCCAUCCUCCCAGGUAAACCUCAGCCGGUGCUGCAGGUGGUCUGACCCACAGUCCCCCCCAGAGACACCCGAGGAGGUCUGCAGGCAAGAGGAUGGCCCAGGUGCUGCACGUGUCAGCCCCCUUCCCAGGGACCCCCGGCCCAGCCUCCCCGCCUGCUUUCCCCUCUAAAGAGCCUGAGGUCCCCUACUCGGUGGAGACGCCCUAUGGCUACCGCCUCGACCUGGACUUUCUCAAGUACGUGGACGACAUCGAGAAGGGCCACACGCUGCGGCGGGUGGCCGUGCAGCGCCGACCCCGCCUGGGCUCCCUGCCCCGCGGGCCCGGCUCCUGGUGGACGUCCACCGAGUCUCUCUGCUCCAAUGCCAGCGGGGACAGCCGCCACUCAGCCUACUCCUAUUGCGGCCGUGGCUUCUACCCGCAGUACGGCGCCCUGGAGACACGCGGUGGCUUCAACCCACGAGUGGAGCGCACGCUGCUGGACGCCCGUCGCCGCCUGGAGGACCAGGCAGCCACCCCUGCCGGUCUGGGCUCCCUGACCCCCAGCGCGGCCGGCUCAACGAGCUCACUGGUGGGAGUGGGGCUGCCGCCCCCGACACCGCGGGGAUCAGGACUGUCCACGCCAGUGGCACCCAGCGCCGGGCACCUGACCCACGUGCGGGAGCAGAUGGCGGGGGCCCUACGGAAGCUGCGGCAGCUGGAAGAGCAGGUGAAACUGAUCCCUGUGCUCCAGGUGAAGCUGUCGGUGCUGCAGGAGGAGAAGCGACAACUCACGGUGCAGCUCAAAAGCCAGAAAUUCUUGGGCCAUCCUGCAGGAGCCCGGGGCCGUGGCGAGCUCUGUCUGGACCUCCCCGAGGCCCCCGAGGACCCAGUGGCCCUCGAGACCCGGAGCGUGGGCACCUGGGUCCGAGAGCGGGACUUGGGCGUGCCUGAUGGGGAGGCAGCCCUGGCCGCUAAGGUGGCCGUGCUGGAGACCCAGCUCAAGAAAGCACUCCAGGAGCUACAGGCAGCUCAAGCCCGGCAGGCCGACCUCCAGCCCCAGGCCUGGCCGCCGCCAGACAGCCCAGUCCGUGUGGACACCGUCCGGGUGGUGCAGGGGCCAAGAGAGGUGGAGGUGGCGGCCAGCACAGCGGCGGGAGCCCCUGCUCAGCGGGCCCAGAGUCUGGAGCCCUACGGGGCAGGGCUGCGGGCCCUGGCGACAUCCAAUGGGCCCGAGAGCCCCCCUGUGUUCCGCAGCCACGAGGUGAUGGAGACAGUGUCCCCAGUGCCCACUGCAUCCACCAGCAACGUCCACCAGGUGAAGAAGAUCAGUAUCACAGAGCGCAGCUGUGAUGGGGCAGCAGGUCAUCCACAGGCUCCUGCAGAAUCGUCCUUAUCACCCCCGGAGUCUGAGGGCGCCACCCAGGCGCAGCCAGAGAAGAACACAGGCCAGGUGCCUGCCCACGACGACACCACCAUCAAGGAGCCCAUCAGGCAAGCAGCCUGUCCGGAAUCAGAGUUGGAGGAGUCUGGGGGUGCAGGAGGGGCCCAGGCAGGCGUGCGGUCCAUCAUGAAGCACAAAGAGGAGCCCACAGACCCAGAGGCCCACCGGAGGAGCCUCCAGUUCGUGGGAGUCAAUGGCAGCGUCUCCCCCAGGUAUGAGUCCUCCUCCGAGGACUCCAGUACCGCAGAGAACUUCUCGGACAAUGAGAGCACAGAGAACGAGGCCCCAGAGCCAGAGGAGAGGGUUCCACGUGUGGCUGAAGCCCCCCAGCUCAGGCCCAAGGAGACGGUGAAGGCCAAGACGAGCCGGGAGGAGUCUCCACUGAACCAGGAGUCUCUGCACACGCCCACAGCUGAGGGGGCAUCAGGAUCAAGUGCAAAAGACGAGAUCCGGAUGGAGCUGAGUCCUGACCUCAUCUCAGCCUGCCUGGCCCUGGAGAAGUACCUGGAGAACCCCAAAGCCCUCACCGAGCGGGAGCUGAAGGUGGCCUACACCACGGUGCUGCAGGAGUGGCUGCGCCUGGCCUGCCGCAGCGACGCCCACCCGGAGCUCGUGCGGCGCCACCUGGUCACCUUCCGGGCCAUGUCGGCGCGGCUGCUGGACUACGUGGUCAACAUUGCCGACAGCAAUGGCAACACAGCGCUGCACUAUUCCGUGUCCCACGCCAACUUCCCCGUGGUGCGGCAGCUGCUAGACAGUGGUGUCUGCCAGGUGGACAAGCAGAACCGCGCUGGCUACAGCCCCAUCAUGCUCACCGCCCUGGCCACCCUGAAGACCCAGGAUGACAUCCAGACCGUCCUACAGCUCUUCCGGCUUGGAGACGUCAAUGCCAAAGCCAGCCAGGCGGGGCAGACAGCCCUGAUGCUGGCGGUCAGCCACGGGCGCGUGGACGUGGUCAAAGCCCUGCUCGCCUGCGAGGCGGACGUCAACGUCCAAGAUGACGACGGCUCCACGGCCCUCAUGUGUGCCUGCGAGCACGGCCACAAGGAGAUCACAGCACUGCUGCUGGCCGUGCCCAGCUGUGACAUUUCCAUCACCGACCGUGAUGGGAGCACGGCUCUGAUGGUGGCCUUGGACGCAGGACACAGUGAAAUUGCAUCCAUGCUGUAUUCCCACAUGAACAUCAAGUGCUCGUUUGCCCCGAUGUCAGAUGAUGAGAGUCCUGCAUCAUCCUCUGCAGAGGAGUAGCUGUGAGAAGAGCCCCAGGUGCCACUCCUGGGGACCAGGCAGCCCCGGAAAGAACUGGCCCUCGUCUCCUCCCUGCCCAGCCCCCACUCGAUCCACCAAGGUCCCGGGAUCAAAGGCAAUCGGGGUUUUCCUCUGCUUCCCAGGGGGAGACCCCAACAGCGUGGAGACUUCAGAUGAAAGUGGGUUUUUUCCCAGUACCCUGGUUCAAAGCAGCCGAAGCACAGACUGGAGCUAAACUCGUAUGUAAAUCAGCGCCAGUGGCUGGCUCUGAGGCGUGGGUUUGUGAGGAACGCUGAGAACAAUCAACUGGCAAUUAUAGAUGGAGGAGGGUAAGAGGGAAAAAUAUUGUAUUUCUGAAUCACACAGUUGGAGGGGGAAAGGGGGGAAAAAUGACUUACUUGUUGCCAAAUUUGAAAGUCACUGGAAUCGUGUAUUUUCACUUUAAGCCUAAAUGUUGUUACGCACGGAUCGCAUCAAGAGUGGCCUGACACCCGGUCCCCCUCCACUUAACUGUCUGGUAUACAAUUGAGUUCUGUCCGCUGCCCCCUGCUCAGGCGACUUUCUUGGUGGCAUUCUCUUGUGGCCUCUUCACAAAGCAGGUUCUGUCUCUGUCAUCCAGGGCGGGAAGUUUAGUCGUUUCUUCUGCCUUCUAUUCUUCCCACUGCGAGCAACCCCCCCCCACCCCCGCCCCCACUAAGGUGUGGGGUUCAGGAGCCAGCCGCCGAGGUGUGCAAGUUGUGCCUUUCUUGAGAUUCCCCAGAAUCUCCUCCAUGCAGGGGGGCCCUGGCAAAUAUUCAUCUUCCUAGAAAAUCCUUUAGACCUGGACAUGUAGGAAAUGAAUCCAGUCCCCACAGGGGUGCCUACAUCCCUAGGCUUAGAACCCCAGUGACGAGGCCAUUCUUCUCCCAGACUCCAGAAUGUCUCUCCUCUAAGGAAAGAAAACAGGGCAUGAGAUUGUUGGCAAGCAUAGGCCCAGUUCCAAAAAUCCCAUGUGUGCUCGAUUAAAAGUUGGCUGCCCCCGAGGGCUCCCAGUGCAAACUUAAAGAGACAGAGCUUUGCCGAAAACCAAACAAGGGCCAGCUGGUUGUUGUGUUUUUUUUUUUUUUAAACAACCUACAGGCUUUCCGGAGCCGCCUGGAACACAGCCUGCUGGAAACGGGGCUCUCCCAAAACACGCAGUUUCCUGCAUGGCCUAUUUUGUCUCAGAAUCGCAACAUAGUUUUCUUUCCCGUUCCUUCCUUUUGUGACCAAAAAAGUAAGAGAAAAGGAAACAAGGCGGGGGAGGAGGGGGACAGGUUCUAAGCCUCAAAAAGUGCCUUGUGACUGGGGAGUGAGAUCCUUUAGUCUUCAGACGUCCUGUCCUCUCUUGUCCAGCUCUCAGCAUAGCCACCAGGGUGGGCGCUAAAACCCCAGCAAGACGGGUCAAGCCCUCGGCACUACACGCGUUCAUUCAACAAAGCCAAGUGCUGGCUUCUCUCCUAGAAAAGUAGGUUUCCUGGCCUGAUGGAGUCUGCUCACUUUGAUUAUGAUGGAAGGGAUAGUACCUAAGACAAGAGAGCUUGGACGGUCAAAGGAGAGAGACACCCCCGUUUGUGUGUGUACGUGUGAGUGUAAAUGAAAAGGAAGGGAAACCCAAGCUGACUGGGGGGUAACCACUGACAGGAGGCCACAGCUUUGGGCAGCUUUGAGAAGCGGUACGAGAGUUGUGUGUCUAUGUGUCUGGCCCUGGAGCCAUGGGUGCGUUUAUUUUAAGCUUCUAGAAGCAGCUCAUUGACCACCGCGCCCCCACCUCCCAGCCCCACCGUGAGUCCAUAAAUAUCCCUGUGUGUUCCUUUCUCCCUGCCCUUACCCCUUGGGCUUGGCGUGGUAGGUUACAGGGGGUUCUGUGCCUGACCCCGCUCUCUUCUCGCAUGUAUUCAAGACCUUUUACUUCACUUUCCGACCAUGGUACGUCCAUAAAGACAGUAUUACACUUAAAUGAAGUAUUCCUUUUUGUAAUCAUUUUUUAGAAGGUAAAGGAAUUUAAUAAAGCUACCUUAUGAGAAGGCCAAA